UCUAUAAUGAAAGAUAAGAUGCAGAGGCUCAACCUCUCCACAGUAUCUGAAUUUAUUCUCGUCAGCCUUUCUGAUGCUCCAGAAGUCCGUUUUCUUCUCUUUGUGCUCUUUUUGAUCAUUUAUUUAGCCACCAUGGCAGGCAACAUCACACUCCUCAUUGCUGUUAGCGCAGACACUCACCUACACAACCCCAUGUACUUCUUCCUUGGCAACUUAUCCUUGCUGGAUAUGUUAUGCCCCACUAUCACCGUGCCCAAGAUGCUUGGGGCCUUGCUGCUUGAGAACAAGGUGAUCUCCUUCACUGGCUGCCUGUUCCAGCUGUUCUUCCUGAUUGAUGUGGUAGGCACAGAGAUCUUUCUCUUGGCUGUGAUGGCCUAUGACCGCUAUGUUGCUAUAUGCCACCCCCUCCAAUACCUGAACAUCGUGAGUAUGAAGCUGUGUGCUCGCCUGGUCAUUGGCACCUGGGUAAUAGGGGUUUUUAACUCUCUGUUGCACACCUCUAUGAUUUUCACACUCUUUUUCUGUGAUUCUAACAAAGUUGACCAAUAUUACUGUGAUAUUCCUCCUGUGCUGUCUCUCUCCUGCUCCUCUACUUAUAGCAGGGAAGUGGUAAUCCUCACAGUCGCUGGGGUCCUGGGGAGCAGUGCCUUUGUGAUCACUCUCAUCUCUUAUGUCUAUAUCCUCCUGGCUAUCCUGUCCAUGAACUCUUCUGAGAGCAGGCACAAAGCUUUCUCCACCUGUGGUUCUCACCUGGCUGUAGUUUGCCUUUUCUAUGGGACCACCAUCUGCACAUAUGUACGUCCUUCCUCCACCUACUCACCUCAUCAGGACAGAAUUGUUUCCAUGCUCUAUGGAAUCCUCACCCCCCUGCUAAACCCCAUCAUCUACAGCCUGAGGAACAAAGAAGUGAAAUGCGCCCUCAGAAGAGUGAUCAGCAAGGUAAAAAGUGCUUUAACCAGACGAGAGCACCUUGCUCAAUCUCUGGGGUCCUCUGGAGCUCCAGCAGUUGCAUAG